AGGCACUUGUGUCAAGUGUUGGACUUACGCUGGUUGGACCAUAUGAUAUUCUCGCUGGAAAACACAAAAAAGCAAAAUCAACAGAUCUGGACUUCAAUCUUCAUUGGAGAUUCUUCUAUGAUCCCCCAGAAUUCCAGACUAUACUUGUCGGGGAUAGCAAAACACAGUAUCACAUGGGAUAUUUCAGGGAUGUGCCAGAGGAGCUUCCAGUGUGGGUUGGUGUCAAUGAAGCUAAGAAGGGCUGUGUGAUUUCACAAGUUGGUGAUAAUGUCUUUGCCGCAGUCAAAUUAUUUUUGUCAAAAAAACUUAAAGAAGUGACCGAUAAAAAGAAAAAUGCUAUUCUGAAAGAUAUAGAUGAAAAACUAACAGGAACAGCAAAAGAACUGGGUUAUUCUCUGGAACAAAAAACCAUGAAGAUGAAACAGAGAGAUAAGAAAGUGGUGACCAAAGCAUUUCAUGGAGCAGGCCUAGUUGUUCCUGUAGACAAAAAUGAUGUUGGAUACAGAGAACUUCCUGAAACAAAUGCUAAUCUCAAAAAAAUUUGCAAGGCCAUUGUUGAUGCUCCUACUGACGAUGAGAGACUGAAGGCCUUUGCACCCAUUCAAGAAAUGCUCACCUUUGUUCAGUUUGCUAAUGAUGAAUGUGACUAUGGAAUGGGAUAUGAACUGGGAAUGGACCUGUUUUGCUAUGGAUCGCAU